GUAAGGUUACGGCCCGCGGCGCUCGGAGCGUCCAUCCGCCUCUUAAAUCUUGGAGAGGAGUCAUUUCGUUGGUACAUAGUGUGGGCUCCGGACCUUCGAAGGGGGCUAUCAACAAUCCAAAUCCCAAGCAUUCGAAUCCGUCGCGCCGUCCUGAUCCGUUUGAUGUGCGCUCGAGGCGUCUCCGAUCCCAAAGUUUGGAUCUUGUCGUGUGUUUCCUUGCCCAGAAAAUGAGCUCCAAAUCGCCCUUUUCCCCUGCUUUCGGCUCUUCUGGAUCGCGACAUUGUGUUUCCGGGGUUUGGUGGAGGCAAGCAUGAACGUUCGUAUCCUUGGCACCGUUCCGGAUCAGCUUGUUAGGCGUUUGAGCCGUUCCUGAACCGGAGCGCUAUAUGGUUCCGAUCUUUGUUAUCUUGUUGCGGAGAGAAGACGGGAGGGAUCGUUUCUGGUGCAUCCCAAUGUUCGUGAUCUUCUAUCGCUUGAAGAACAUAGAGCCCAUUUCAUACACGGGCGUUUGAUUCGAUUUUGUCGUUCGAAGGACCUUGUGUUUUACGUGGAGACACUCGGCAACAUUUUGGUUCUUUUGUUCGUGCUGUUUAGUGCGUUGGAAUUCAGGCUUCUGCAAUGGCCAUGUCUGCUGAUAACAUUCGGGGCUUUGCGCUGGCACUCUCCUCGAGCGUUUUCAUCGGGUCAAGCUUUAUAGUGAAGAAAAUAGGUUUGAAGAAGGCGGGGAUGUACGGUGUCAGAGCAGGAUCUGGAGGGUUCUCCUACUUAUAUGAGCCUUUUUGGUGGCUUGGGAUGAUCACCAUGAUUGUUGGUGAGAUAGCUAAUUUUGCUGCUUACGCAUUUGCUCCAGCAAUACUUGUUACUCCUUUGGGAGCUUUGAGUAUUAUAGUCAGUGCAGUGCUAGCACAUUUUGUUUUGGAUGAAAAACUGCACGUAUUUGGUGUCCUUGGUUGCAUUCUUUGUGUUGUGGGAUCUACAAACAUAGUUCUACAUGCACCAAAGGAGAUAAACAUCGAGUCAGUGAAGCAAGUUUGGAACCUAGCUACAGAACCAGGGUUCAUUGUUUAUUCAUGUGUAGUUGUCAUUGUGGUACUUGUCCUAAUUAUCCGAUUCGCUCCACGUUAUGGUCAAACGCAUAUGGUUGUAUAUGUUGGGAUUUGUUCAAUGAUGGGCUCUCUGACGGUUAUGAGUGUCAAAGCAUUGGGCAUUGCCUUGAAGCUCACAUUUUCUGGAAUGAACCAAUUUGUAUUUGUUCAGACUUGGUUCUUUACAGUUGUUGUGGUAAUUUGUUGUCUCCUGCAGUUGAACUACCUGAACAAGGCUUUGGACACUUUCAACACUGCGGUGAUUUCUCCUGUCUACUAUGUGAUGUUCACGACUCUCACUAUCUUUGCUAGCAUGAUCAUGUUUAAGGACUGGGCUUCACAGAAUGCAUCGCAGAUUGUUACGGAGCUUUGUGGGUUUGUUACAAUUCUUUCAGGAACUUUUCUUCUUCAUAAGACAAAGGACAUGGGAAAUUCUAUGAACAAAGAACCAAUUAUAUUUUCUGAGACAGAACUCUCACACCACUAACUGCAUUCAAUCAUACUUGAGUCUCAGCUUCGUUUCAGACACAUGUUCGGAUUCCAAGCCUUGUGCCUCCGCACAUGACUUAUCGGUGAACUUAAUCCAGCAAAAUGUAACAGAAAGCACACUUCCAAGAACUCAGAUCAUGAUAUCUGGAAGUGAGUUUCAAAGUUUCCCAGAUAAAUUGUGCAGAAAAGGAAGUCCGAGGAUAAUCCUUAUGAGAAUUAUUUAUCAGGCUACAGGAAUCUUGAAGAGAAGAAUUGCUAAUACUAAUUUUGCGGUAAUUAGGUAAUUUUAUGUUUUUGUAAAUAUGAAGCACAUCUUGCAACUGAUUAUAUAGAGCAAAAUGAAGUAAAUGAUUUGCCAGCCUUUAUUUUACAAUCUUUAGUUUGAGGUCAAUCCA